AUGGCGGCGGGAAGGAAGGUGUGACUGAAAUACAACUCGUCUCUUUGACAGCAAAUCGCGAAUAAAUGCUGAACGCUUCAAAAAUGGCUUCUCACGAGACAGAACUUGAUAAGGAGGCCGAGAGAGCAUUCCAAAAUGUGACCUCAACAGCAGACAACGAUUUUGAUGAAGAAUUCGACGACGCGUUCGAAAUCAAAAAUUCUGUGGAGUCGAAUGAAAGACUGAGGAAUAAAGCAAUCGAAAAAGGAAUGAAAUCUAACAGAGAUAUUAAUAAAGAUGAAACGAUUCAAGAACAAGUACGAAUACCUGUUAAAACUGAAGCAUUACCAACAAGUUUACCAUCCAGUUUGGGGUCAUUAUCAUCAUCCAGCUCACUGGAGCAAAAUCGACAGACGUCAAAUAAAAAUGAGACAGCUCAAAAAGUUGCUUACCGUGACAGAGAGCCUCGGAAGCAGCGUGGAAGAUCACAUAAAAAGUCAAGUUUACCUCCCGGAAUACGCAAACUCCCUUCACCUCCAACAACCYUUGAACAAGCACAGAUGGAAUGGGACAUGGUUGAAACUGUUCAGCCAGGAGCUGCAGCAACUGGUAUUGGGUCACCAAGUUUAAAAUUCGAUGAUGCCUAUCGUCAUUUCCAAACAGCACCAUACCUGGAGCAACACAGCUCACAUAUCAAAACAACUGUCCGAAGGAGAGGCUGUUCGGCUAUCAUCUAUGCACUUUUUGGGCCUCCCAAGAUGAACAACGAUUUAUUAUAUGACCGUGAUUUAAUCUUUACGCUUGCAUUGUGCAUGUUCCAUAACAACGAACCAUUACACAAUUUGAUGCUACAAACUAUCUACAAGAAACUAACGGGAACUAAGUUGGAUUGUCCAAGAUAUGGUAAUCACUGGGAGCUGAUUGGAUUUCAAGGGCUGGACCCAGCGACAGAUUUACGAGGGUGCGGUCUUCUUGGCCUGGUCAAUCUGCUCUUUUUAGUAACAGAUCAUYAUAUUCAUUCAAUCGCUCUCGACAUAUACCGAUUGUCUCAACAUGAAACGCAAAACUUUCCAUUUUGUGUAAUGUCAAUCAACAUAACACGGAUUGCUCUCAUUGCUUUGAGAGAAGGAAAACUGAACAGGGCAUGUAAUUCACAGCGCUGUGUAAUGAAAGUAUUCUGUGAAUUCUACGUCUCAGUGUUUUAUCACAUAUACCAUGUAUGGAAACACCAACACAAAACCAUAAACGACUCUGGAUUCGUAUUAAAAGAGGGAGAGAAAUUUGCUCUUAAAAAGACAAACCUUGCUCUAAAACAGCUUGAACAAGCCAUUAAUGAGAGAAAGAAUCUCGUCAUACCGGAAGAAGAAAACAUCUCGCCGAAAAACCGAGAAAUUCCAGUCAUGAAUAAGUUUGCAGGAGUCUGUGAUCUGCCUUCGCAUGAAGAAGAAGAAGUACACUUGGUAUAAGAUGUUAGAGAAUGUUAUCCUCGGG